UGUAGUGUCCCGAUGGUUUCCCCAUCCAGCCGUGCGCGAUGUUCCUGCUGCGGCUCGCCGCCCUCUGCGGAGGCGCGACCGACGGCGGUGUCCUGGCCGCCCUCCGGGCCGAGCUCGCCAGCGAGUUUUCCUUCGCCGCCGUUCCCCUUCCCCCUCCCUUCCAUUGCCAGGACUUCGUCACCGUAUCGGACGCCCCGCUUGCUGAAGACUUGCUCCUGUGCCGCCGGACCCACUCCGAGGAGGUCCUGGUGUCGGCGCUGCUCGCGCCGGUGAUCUUUGAAGGACAGGAACCCCUGCCCAGGGACUUGCUCAUGAAGGUGUUCGUCAGUAAGCCUGGUGCGACGCCGGUUCUGCACUUCGACUGCGGUUUAUGGCUUGAGGAGAAACCCUUCGGUCAAUACGCUAUUAACGCCGUCCGGUACCACUCGUCUCCUGGCGACGCUCGAGAAGACAAGUAUGAAGGGCCGGAGUUCAGAGAUUUGGAUCCUCAACUAAAGGCUGCAUUGAAAGAAUAUCUGGUAGCAAGAGGCGUCAACUCCAAACUGGUAAGCUCAAUUCUGAGGCACUUGUAUCAGAAGGAGCAAGCCCAGCAUUUUAAGUGGCUGAAGACUAUGGAAGAGACAUUCACCAAAGAUCAUUGAUCCAAUCAUCCCUCUACCUCUCCAUUCUUCUCUCACCGAGUUAAACGUAUAAUGUCUAUUUUGGUGAGCCAACGCUGGGGCAGGUGCCUGUUCUGUGCUGACAUUGGCUCAUUUGUAUCAUCUCAUGUAUGUGACGCAAGUCAAUAACCAGAUAGAGCUUCACGCUAAUUCUACAUCGCUUUUGGAGUGUGAGCCAUGCAAUUUCGGUGCUUGACUGCUUGUAACUUCUGAUACUAAGACCGCAGUGUCUUUGUGCUAAAUUGCGUGAUUGAGUUCAGUGAAUUGUUCCAACUAA